AUGAUCGCGCAAGUCACCCCCGACACCAUCAACGGCAGAACCACGGACUGGCUGCUUAGGAAUAUUGACGAUGUCAUUGGAGGGAAGCCUGAGUGCGGCCCUACCAUUGCGGACUGCGAGACGUACAACAAGUUCCAUCGCAAAUCCGGCACUGACAUAGAGCGUGGCUUCAAUAUUGGUCUUCUUCCUGAUUGGUAUGGUGACCGCCGAUUUGCUGAACAGUCCUUCACCGGUACCAAUCCUACCAUGAUCGAGAAGUUCAUCGAAGCGGCCAAGCGCGCAGGCUACGGCUACUGGGCGAAGACUCUACCCGAGGUCAACCCAGCCUAUCUUUUUGUGCAAGACUGUCGGUACUUUCGCAAAGCGACUGGUGUAGAACCUGAUGAGAUCUUCCACCACAAGGAGCCGAUGUCAGAUGACCAUUGGGCUUGCGCGGCCGUAACACUCUAUCAGCUCCACCCUGACGGCAAGCUCCACCCAAUUGCAAUCGUAUGCGACUACAAGAAGACCAUGAAGGAUUCAGUCACCAUCUUCAAUCGACGACACCGUCCAUUUGACCCUUCAACCUUCGAAAGAGAGGACUGGCCUUGGCGGUAUGCAAAGACGUGCGCGCAAGUUACAGACUGGAUUCGUCACGAGGUUGGGGUUCAUCUCACUCGCGCCCAUUUCAUCGAGGAGGCCAUUAUUGUGGCUACCCACCGCACAAUUCCCAUGGACCACAUCGUGUACCGCAUUUUGCAGCUGCACUGGGAAACCCUUGUCCCGCAGGUCAUCAAGGACAUCAUUGGGCUAAGCAUGGACCAAACGUUCAAAUACAUGGCCUACGAGUUCGAGAAUUUCGAUUAUACUGAGAACUAUGUCCCUAACGACCUCUUACGUCGUGGGUUCCCUAACACCAAGGAGGGUCUCACGGAUAGCAGGUACAAAAACUAUGCCUACGUCAAGAACAUCCUAUCCAUAUGGGAUGUCAUUCGCAGAUACGUCAAGAGCAUGCUGUUAACGUACUAUGACGAAGACCGAGCCGAUGGCUUGAUCAAAAAAGACAUUCAUAUUCAGGAUUGGUGCAGAGAGGCCCAGAACAAUGGCCGCAUUAAGGGCUUCUCGAAAAUCAAGUGCCUGGAUGAACUUUGCGACGCUAUCACUAUGAGUAUUCACAUCGCUGCACCAUUCCACACCACUGUCAACUACCUCCAGAACUUUUACCAAAUUGGGGUACACUGA